AUGGCUUCCCAGCUCUGCCUGCCCUUGUUCCUCCUGUUCGCCGUUUAUCCUGCCUUCUCGACCAACCCCGAAGGUGCGCUAUAGUCCCUCCGCUUUUUUCCUCUGAACACAGCCCGUGAGAUCUUCCCGUUUGGUUAUCUCACCCUCUCUCUUCUUUCCUUUGAAGGGGAGGCGUUACACGCGCUGAGGGCGAGGUUGAAGGACCCGAGGAACGUUCUGCAGAGCUGGGAUCCCACUCUCGUCAACCCCUGCACCUGGUUCCAUGUUACCUGCGACGACCACAACCGAGUCAUCCGCCUGUAACUGCUCAAAACCCUCUCCUCCGAUCCGCACCUCGCCGGGGGCAGACGAUGGAUCGGGCUCUUGCCGUGUUUCCCCUACUCUGUUCGUCUCUAUAUUUCUCUCCUCUCUAACCCUCUGUGCGUUUCAGGGACCUGGGAAACUCGAAUAUUUCUGGACCGCUUGGGCCGGAGCUCGGCCAUCUCGAGCAUCUCCAGUACCUGUACACCCCUCUCUCUCCCUCCCUCUCUCUCUCUCUCUCUCUCUCUCUCUCACACACACACACACACACACUCACACUCACACACGUUUUGCCUUAUUGAGGGAGAUCCUCAUCCACUUGGUGGGCUUCGCUGGUAUAUUAUUCAGGGAGCUCUACAGGAAUAAUUUCGAGGGGAAGAUCCCGGAAGAGCUGGGUAAUCUGAAGAGCCUGGUCAGCAUGGACCUGUACGGCAACCGGCUCGAAGGGAAGAUCCCAAAAUCCUUUGGGAACCUGAAAUCCCUUCGAUUCCUGUGAGUUACCAGCUCUCAUCCUCCCAUUAUAUCCUCGUCCCUGUUCUCUCGGAACCAUCAGACGAGGUCUUACUCUCUUUGUGCCCAGGCGCCUAAGCAACAAUCGUCUGACGGGCUCCAUUCCCAGAGAACUCGCCUCGCUCACCAACCUUAAAGUCUUGUAAGAGAAAUAUUUUUUAUGUAACUUGCUGGCUGCGGAUUGUUUCAGUUAUUCAUUCUGAUGCUGAUCGACGCUUGUUCUGUAACGGCGCAGUGAUGUCUCUUCCAACGAUCUCUGCGGGACGAUCCCAAUCGAUGGCCCUUUCCCCACUUUCCCAUACCAGAGGUAAGAACUCGGAAGGAUCACCCCCCCCCCCCUCCCCCCCCCACCCAAUAUCUUUUCUCCAUUCUCCUCUAUUGGUUACUGAUAUCUCUUCAGUUUCUCAUCCGACAUCUAUAGUUACAUCAUUCCCGGCUAGUUACAUCCCCUGAUAAAUAGCUACAAGUUUUUUUGAAGUGAUGACGUUGACCGGAGAAUACACAAAAAUCACGCUUUUCAGUGGAAAUGACCGCUCAUUGUCUCUCAGUGGAAGGAACAUUAUCUUUGAUGGACAGCUUUCCUGUCUGCCCCUUUCCAAACGACUAGGUUUAGCCCUCUGAAAACCAUCGGAAGUACUAUGCAUCCCAUCUGGUAUUCACAAUGUUCGACGACGAUAUGUGGUAGGAUCUUUGUAUGGCUCGUGGGUAUCAUCAAGAUUGUGGAUUUUGGUGCUGAGCUGAAUUGGGUUUCUUUUCCGUCGUUUCAGCUACGAAAACAACAGCAGACUCAAUGGACCGGAGCUACAAGGGCUGGUGCCGUACGAUUUUGGGUGUUAG